GUUUACCAUUCUAUCCAAAGUAAAGGCAGCCAGCCAUAAAGCAAAAACCAAAAAGACCUUAAACUCUGAAUAGUCUUCUAAGUGGGACCCACUUAUUACAACCCCCUCAUCCCCGUAAGGGUACUUCACCCACCCACCCAAAACGCAACUCAAAAGGGCAAAAACACAAACUGUUAGAACUAAUAAACACUCUGUUCAGUUCUUGAAAACCAGUGAAAUCUCAAGAGGGGUUCAACUAAAAUUUCAAGAAUUACCAAAUCAGGUAUUUGCCUAAAUGCACACUAGGUAUAUGGAGAGGACUAAAUCUAUGAAGAGGAGCUUGGAGGGUGGUGGUGAUGAUGACCAGCAGCAGCCUGAGCGUAAAAGACCUGCUUUAGCUAGUGUAAUUGUGGAAGCUCUCAAGGUGGAUAGUCUUCAAAAGCUCUGCUCAUCGUUGGAACCGAUUCUUCGGAGAGUUGUUAGUGAAGAGGUGGAACGAGCAUUGGCUAAAUUAGGCCCUGCCAGAAUUGCUGGAAGGUCAUCUCCUAAGAGAAUUGAAGGGCCUGAUGGAAGAAACUUGCAGCUUCAGUUUAGGUCUAGGCUAUCUUUGCCUCUGUUCACUGGAGGCAAAGUAGAAGGGGAGCAUGGUGCUGCUAUCCAUGUUGUCUUACUUGAUGCAAAUACUGGCCAUCUUGUGACUAUUGGGCCCGAAUCAUGUAUAAAACUGGAUGUUGUUGUGCUAGAAGGUGAUUUCAACAAUGAAGAUGAUGAAGGAUGGACACAAGAAGAAUUUGACAGCCAUGUUGUUAAAGAGCGUGAAGGAAAGAGACCUCUUUUAACUGGUGACUUGCAAAUUACACUUAAGGAAGGUGUUGGAACUUUGGGGGAUCUGACAUUUACAGAUAAUUCUAGUUGGAUAAGGAGCAGGAAGUUUAGACUUGGCAUGAAAGUUGCUUCUGGGUAUUGUGAAGGAGUACGCAUACGUGAAGCAAAGACUGAGGCUUUCACUGUUAAAGAUCACCGUGGAGAAUUGUACAAGAAACAUUAUCCGCCAGCUCUAAAUGAUGAUGUCUGGAGAUUGGAGAAGAUUGGCAAGGAUGGUUCUUUCCACAAGAGGCUAAAUAAGGCUGGUGUAUUUACUGUUGAAGACUUCCUUAGGCUUGUGGUUAGAGACCCGCAGAAACUAAGAAAUAUCCUUGGAAGCGGUAUGUCAAACAAGAUGUGGGAAGCUCUAAUAGAGCAUGCAAAGACCUGUGUCUUGAGUGGGAAGCUUUAUGUCUAUUAUUCUGAUGAUUCGAGAAAUGUGGGUGUUGUUUUCAACAAUAUUUAUGAGCUGAAUGGCCUUAUAGCUGGUGAACAAUACUAUUCGGCAGAUUCACUUUCAGACAGCCAGAAGGUAUACGUAGAUUCUUUGGUCAAGAAAGCGUAUGAUAAUUGGAAUCAAGUCGUUGAAUAUGACGGCAAGUCAUUUCUGAACAUUAAGCAAAAUCAAAAUCCAAGCUCUUCUAGGAACGAGCUUCCUGUUGGGCCAGUGGAUUACCCUAACACCUUGGUUAAUCAGCUUCCGCAGUCACGACAUCCUGUUCCAGUUCAAUCUGAGCAAUCUUCUAUGGAUCCCAACUUGCUAAUUGGAGGUUCAGGUUAUAAUGACAACAUGGUUGCUAGGAUGCCUACCCAAAGUCCUAUGUUGAAUUCUAAUUCCCGCUCACAGUUUGAGAGCACUCCAUUUGCGCCUCAGCAGCAAAUAACCAGCAGUCAUCAGCUCCAGAGUACGAGAUAUGACAACAAUGUUGGCCUGGCUCUUGGUCCUCCACAAUCAUCUUCAUUUCAGACAAUUACCUCUCUCCCACAAAGCAAUCUCAAUCCUUUUGAUGACUGGUCGCACAACAGGGACAAGGGAGUUGAUGAAUUCUUGUCUGAGGAGGAAAUUCGAAUGAGAAGCAAUGAAAUUCUCGAGAAUGAUGAUAUGCAACAUUUGCUGAGACUUUUCAGUAUGGGAGGCCAUGCCUCCGUCAAUGUGCCUGAAGAUGGAUAUGGUUUCCCAUCUUUCAUGCCUUCACCAUCUCCUAGUUUUGGUUAUGAUGAGGACCGCGCACGACCAGGAAAAGCUGUUGUGGGUUGGCUGAAAAUUAAGGCUGCAAUGAGGUGGGGUUUCUUUGUGCGGAAGAAGGCAGCUGAGAGACGUGCACAGCUUGUGGAACUGGAUGAUGAAUAAAAUCUGGUUUGGAAACGUAGGGCAUUUAGACUUAACCAUCGACCAUUUGAAUAACUAUUCAUUAGGCCGUGGUGAUGCAGGCCCGAGCAAUUAGGUUUCGACCCUAGACAGUAUAUUUCCCAGGGAUUUAGUCCAUUCGAUUGUUUGUUUUUUUGGUAUGUACAGAAGCCUGUACAGUAAAUUCACUUUUAACACUCUCAUUGUUGACUCCAUCGUGCUCACUCUCUCAAGCUGUUUCAAGAUGUAAUGUAUUAGUUUGCAGACCUAAGGGAAAUAUGCUUUCAAGAACACCUGUAUGUUGAAUUCUAUAUGAACUUCUAUGAUAGAGAGGAUGCUUAUUGGCUUGCCA